CGCGUCCGUAGUACACCCAAAGUCCAGUGCUCCUCUACACGCCCCUCGACACGAUGACCAUGAGCUCGCCACCGCCCCGCGCCAGCAAGCACCUCAAGUCGGCGUACCGGCUUGCCGCCAUCGCCGUGCCGGUUGUGGCAGCCGCCGUCGUCGUCAUCGUCGUCCUCCUCAGAGCGGCGCAGCUCGGCCCCGGCGAGCUCCUCGCUGGCCGGCUUGGCGCCGCGCGGCACGUCCACCUCUUCCUCGCCGCGCUCGUUGUCGUCCCGUCCGCCGUGGCCACCCUUCUUCGCCUCGUCCGCCGCCCACACAGCGUCUACCUCGUCGACUACGCCUGCUUCCGGCCUCAGCCGAGCAACCGCCUCCCAUUCGCCACCUUCGCCGAGCACUUCCGCCUCAGCCCGCACAUCGACGACGGCAGCUUCCGCUUCGUGACGCGCAUGAUGGAGCGGUCGGGCCUCGGCGAACGGACGUACGUGCCCCGUGGCAACCUCUACCUUCCGCCGCGCACGGGGAUGGAAGAAGCCCGCGACGAGGCGGAGAUUGUGGUCUUCGCGGCGGUCGGCGACCUGCUCGCCAGGACGCGCAUCCGCCCCGAGGAGAUCGACGUCCUCGUCACCAACUGCAGCGUCUUCAGCCCGACGCCGUCGUUCGCGGACAUGGUGGUGAACAGGUUCAAGCUCCGUGGGGACGUCCGCGCCGUGCACCUCUCCGGGAUGGGGUGCAGCGCGGGGCUGAUCGCCGUGGAGGUCGCGCGCAACCUCCUGCAGGCGGCGGCGCCCCGCGGCGCGCACGCGCUGGUGGUGUCGACGGAGACCACGUCGUUCUCCCACUACGCCGGGACGAGCCGAUCGAUGCUGCUGCCCACCGCGCUGUUCCGCAUGGGCGGCGUCGCCAUGCUACUCUCCACGUCGAGGUCGUCGGCCACCACCACCACCUCCCGGUUCCGGCUGGCGCACAUCGUCCGGACGCUCAACGCGGCGGAAGACAGGGCGUACCGGUGCGCGUACCACGAGGAGGACGGCGACGGCAACCUGGGGGUGAACCUGUCCAAGGACAUCGUCCCCGUCGCCGGCGAGAUGCUCAAGGCCAACAUCGCGACGGUAGGCUCCCGCGUGCUCCCGUUGUCGGAGAAGCUGCUCUACGCGCUGUCACUCCUCGCGCGCAAAGUGGCCGGCAGCCGACGACGGAAGGCGAUCAAACUCCACGUGCCCGACUUCCGCACGGCGUUCGAGCACUUCUGCAUCCACGCCGGCGGCCGGUCGGUGAUCGACGCCGUGCAGAGCGGCCUCGGCCUCGCCGACGAGGACGUGGAGGCGUCGCGGAUGGCGCUCCACCGGUUCGGCAACACGUCGAGCAGCUCGGUGUGGUACGAGCUGGCGUACGUCGAGGCCAAGGGACGCAUGCGCCGCGGCGACCGCGUGUGGAUGAUCUGCUUCGGGUCGGGGUUCAAGUGCAACAGCGCGGCGUGGGAGUGCAUCUCGCUGCCGGCGCGCGACGCCGACGGGCCGUGGGCUGAUUCCAUCCAUCAGUAUCCCGUGGCCAUCACCACCACCACCAAAAUGUGCUGAUGCAAAUGGGAAUGGGUUGAGCUACGUCAAUGAAUUCGUGUGUACUCCAUCAAAGAACCUUGCAGUACGUGCCGAUUACUUGGAUAUGAUGAUCGUUAUAGCGGGUGCCCAGAUGAAACAGUUGUUGUAAUUGGAGCAUGAGAUGGAUUCUCAUCCCUCCUGGGCACCACUUGUUUCUUACCUGUCA